AUGGAAGAGAAACUAAUUGAAGCUGUGCGGGUUAACAAAAUAUUGUUUGAUACAAGUCAUCCGGAUUAUAUGCGAUCUAAGUUAAAGAGUGAAAAGUGGGAAGAAAUAGCUAAGGAAAUCGGAAUGAAAAACGGAGUCGACGCAAAGGCAACUUGGGAAAAAUUGAGGCAUUUCUUAAGGGAUGCACUCAGACGACAACAGAAGUGUAUCACAAGCGGAGCCGCUGCGGAAACUAUUAAGCAGUGGAAAUUUCAAAAGCAAAUGAACUUUUUACAGCCUUACAUGGCGAACAGACCUCGUGAUAGUAACUUGACUGCAAAUAGUGACAGUGACCAUCCAGCGCCUAAUAAUGAAAGUGUUCAAGAUGAAGAUAUACAGGAAGUCAGCGAAGAACUAAUUAACGUGGGACCAAUUGAUGUGAACGUUGACAGAAAUGAAAUUGAAGUUGAACUUGAACCUGAAAAAUGUCCACUUCCUUUGAAGAAAACUAAAACUGUUAAAAGAGACAACGUUAUCACUUUACUUAAACAAAACAUGGAGAAGAGAGAAGAAAGACAUAAAUAA